AGCAAUCGCUCGGCAUGACUUUCUUUCAGGAGCUGCUGAAUCGAUUCGAUUUAAUGCUAUUUUUAGAGGCAUAACAGCGGAUUUAUCGCAUGCCAGGACCCCACAGCUGCUCUUCGGUCCACUGGACGGUGAAACAGAGUACAUUGCGAGCUUACUGUGUUGAAAACGUUGUCUAAGAGGUCAAAUGUAGUGUCAAACACUUGUAAUGUAGAGGAGAGCACAUGAGAAUUAGAUUACAUAAGGAAAGGGAGGGGCACAACAUGAGCUGUUUUGUGUGUUGGGGUUUGUUUUGUAAUGCGCAUGUGUGAUAGACUUCACAGACUGUCAUAUUUGCUUCUUCACCAUGAAAAGGUCACACCGACUUUAAUCAGGUUGUACGGGCGAGGAGCAUCGUGUUUGUGAGUGAUCUGUUGUGAGGUCAUCGGCGGUAAUGAUGCAACAGAAACGAAACAUUAAGAUCAUCGAAUGGGAGGAUCUGGACAAGAGGAAGUUCUACUCGCUGGGCAUUUUCAUGACCAUGACCACACGGGCAACGCUCUACCCAUUCACCCUUAUCCGUACCAGACUGCAGGUCCAGAAAGGGAAGUCUCUCUAUAACGGCACCUUCGACGCCUUCUGUAAGAUCCUGAAAGCCGAGGGUGUACGUGGACUCUAUCGAGGGUUCAUGGUUAACACGUUCACCCUGAUCUCGGGUCAGGCCUACAUCACUACAUACGAGUUGGUGAGGAAAUACGUGUCCUGUUACUCCUCCAAUAACACGGUGAAGUCUCUGGUGGCGGGCGGAUCGGCAUCACUGGUGGCCCAGAGCAUCACGGUGCCCAUCGAUGUGGUGUCCCAGCAGCUGAUGGUACAGGGUCAGGGGUGUCAUCUCACCCGGUUUAAGCUUAAGCCCAAGAGGGUGAUGGACACGUCAAAACACAAAGUAACAUUCGGUCAGACCAGAGACAUUGUGGUUCAGAUUUUUCACGCAGAUGGAUUUCAUGGUUUUUAUCGUGGGUAUGUGGCGUCACUACUCACCUACAUACCAAACAGCGCCAUCUGGUGGCCCUUUUAUCAUUUUUAUGCAGAGCAGCUCUUCAGGCUGGCCCCUGCUGACUGCCCGCACUUGAUCCUGCAGGCUGUGGCCGGACCGAUGGCUGCAGCUACAGCCUCAACACUGACCAACCCCAUGGAUGUGGUCAGAGCCAGAGUACAGGUUGAAGGUCGUUCGUCUGUUAUCGAGACGUUUAAGCAGCUCCUGGCUGAAGAGGGCGCGUGGGGUCUCACCAAGGGUCUGUCUGCUCGCAUUAUUUCCUCUAUGCCCACCUCCGUCAUGAUCGUCAUUGGUUACGAGACUCUGAAGAGACUCAGUCUGCGGCCUGAACUAGUGGACACCAGACACUGGUGAAAAAACACACGGACUCGCCCAAACCAGGCGUUGGAUCGCUAUACCUCAGCCUAGUUCCAUGGGCCCCUCGUCCCAUGCGUCUGACCUUUUAAACGGAUGCCUUUUAGUUAUUUUCAUGAGUUUUAUGAGGACCAGGCAAUAUUUGACAGAUGCUAAGGUGAUCAAGUGUGAAAUGUUCUUUCUUUUCUGCCAUUUUUUGAGGAUUUUGUAUAAUCUGUUCACGUUAACGUUUUGUGUGUGGCCUGAGCUAGAUUAUUUGUAAUGUAACAACAUGUAACUCAUGUGUAAUUCUUUCUAUUCACCUGGUGUGGGCUUAUCAGAGAUUUUGAAGUGAAAAUGGUGAAUCUCAUGAUGUGUUAUACCCUCCGACUCACAGGAAGUGAAAGACUUUCAAGGUUUCCACGAUCAGUUAAAUUUGUAUUGUGAAUAUACAUUUUAUAGUUAUGAAAAUUUGGCUAGAAACGGCUCUUUGAGUGCAAUCUCUUUUUAAAGGAAAAGAUAAAUCUUAAUUCAGUACUCACAAGAGACUGGACAAGACAUGGAACUUCAUGAGCUACACCGACUGAUGGAAACUUCUUUGGGUGGUCAUGUUUUGUCUGUUUUUAAUAUGCCUUGUAUUAACCUUUAAAAAAAAACAGUGUUUGGGGGCCAAAGCUAUUAUAGAUGAAAUAUUUUAAAAAAUUUAGUCGUAUGUUUCAGAAGAAGGCCGUGAUUGGUUUUUGCCUCAAAUGUGUAAAAGAUUAUUUUCGAAGUGUCUAAUUUGAGUCUUUGUCACAAUUGUGAGUGCAUUAAAUGAACUGCA